GGAGCCACAUACACUCACCGCGGCCCGGGCCCUUAUUGAUCGUCGAACAGUUAUGGCGGACGGGGGCAGAGGGGGGCCAUGCGGUGCUGAGGCUCGCCAGGGAUUUUCCUUCAUUGCUGUUUAACCUGCCCCACCUAGUCAUGCCCUGAUGUCUGGAGAGGGGAAGGGGAAGCGCCCAUAUAAGGUAUGGGACAGUGGGCGGCAGGUACGGAAGGGGCUCGUGGUCUCCAGCUUCAACGAACUUAUAGAAAAAGGUCGAGAGAAGCUGGAUCUCGGAGAGGUGCGGAUAAAGGUUGUCCUGGAGGCUGACGGGACGCAGGUGGAAGACCCCGAAUACUUCUGCACCCUGCCGGAGAACACUGUCUUCCUCUUGCUUAGGCAGGGAGAACACUGGUACCCUGCCGGAGUUGAGGUGCUCAGACAAGCUAUCACUGCCAUUCCCAAGAUCGUAUGUGAGACCAUCUACUCCCUGGGGCUCCACGAUGAAGCGCCGGUGUGGAAGAUCAUGGACCACUACGGAAAGAUCACCGUCGUUCUCUCCUGGGACCCCAGCCACCGGGGGGACCGUCACGCCUCCUCGUCCCCCCGGAAGCCGUCCGCCGCAAGCGCCAGGGUGAUCGUCAGCGGCGUUGGGGAGAGCACCAUCCAGCGUCACGAGUACCUGGUGGCCCAGUCCUCCAUCGGGUCCACGCCCUCGCCUGCACCCACCAUCUCUCUCAGCGGCGCCAAGUCGCCCGUGCCAGCUGCCAGCGCGGCCGGACAGGUGGUUCACGGCACCGUCACCACUAUACUGCGGGACGGCAAGAAGGAGACUCUCAUUAAUGACGUGGGGCCCUCCGCUGCUGCACCAACGGCUCCUCUCCACCAGGUGAAUAAGGCAGUAGCCACGUCCCCUGUCCAGGAGGGCGCCCAGGAGAGACGGAUUCCCCACCACCACGCCCACCCGCCCAACCAGAGCCCCAGCGGGAAGACCCAGGCCCAGGCCAGCCAAGCGGCGCCCCAGGCCUCCGCCACCCAAACCACCUCCCAAUCGCAGAAGGGCGUUCGCUUCCUCCCCGACUACCGCUCCAUAUCGACGGAGAAGCAGAGAGACCAGGACAGCUCCGAGUCCGAGACCGAGAACACCACAAACGACGAAGAGGCUCACACGACCGAGAAGUUCCUCUUGCUUAUUGACCAGCUGUCUGUGGACACCAAGAAGCACCUUUCCAUCAAGGACAUUGGGGUCAUCCUCGAUAGGUUAUCUUCCAAAAUUGUUGAUGUUGAAAAGUUAGAUCGAGAAGCUGAAGAGGAAGAUUGCUUUAACUGGACAAUCAAAGCAACAAUCCGAGGUGAUACUUUAAGAGAACUCGGUGUUGUAUAUAAUGGCCAUUAUUACUCCAUUAGUGAACAUCCGGGCUACGGUCAGAAAAUGUGCUCUUGUUUCUAGUGUACAUAGGCGGGAGGAGGCGCCGCAACCACCUAUGCCGCGUGAGAGAUGCCGGCCGUUCCCUCAGUGGUCUGCCAGGGUCUAUCACGCUUGUAUUUAGAAGACAAUCGACGAGCUACCCUGCAGGCAGGCUUUAGCGUAGCUUCUGACCAUCACAUGUCACUUGUUACAUGGACACAAGGCCGAGAUGUAACCCUCAAGCGAAGUGUUCAAGCAACCACAGCCAUGCUAAGUCCCCCCCUCCUGUUGGGUCUGUAGCAGCCAGCUAGGAUCAAGUCCCCUUCCCCCAGCCUGGAUCUCAUCCUGCUUUGGACAAGAGUGUUGUGCUCGAGUCGCUUCGAAUAGCGAGUCGACGGCUCGAACCCGGCCGGGAAGCGGUGGCGGAUGGGUGCUUGAGGCAGCUUUGUGGGGCCGACCCCUGUGGCUGCCCGCUGCGGCCUCUCUCCUGCCUCAAUUGUCUACACCGUGGAAGAGACAAGUAAAUGAUGCAAAUAACUAAUGACAGUAAUCCAUCCUUUUGUGGAUUACGUACAGCUAAAACAAAAUGGUUAUUUCCUGAGGUCGAGUUUCUACCGCCAAAUUGAAAAAUAUACUUAUAUUUUGAUGAAGUGAAUGAAAACCUUGCUAUACGAGGUAAACAUUUGUGCCAAGAUGAAGCAGCGAGAGGAGGAAGCUGUUGUGUGUUUAGGUGAUCUCAGAUAUGCUCAAAACCAAUGUGUAUGGAAGAUAGUGACAAAGACCUUUUUUCAAAGUUAUUAUUGAUAAUGUUCUUGGUAGUAAUUCAUCUUAUAUAGAGGUGACACCAGUUUUUAAGAGCAAAAAAAAAAAUAUUUCUUACUUCUAACCCUCGAUUAUGACUAUAAGACAGAGCCCGUGAGGUGUUGUUGGUGCCCGUGCUGAGUAAGAUAGUAUUUGUGUCCCUUUCAUUUGACUCUGAGUUUUAUUUGAACCCCCAAUAAGGUCCCUAUUUGCCAUGUGUUAUUGAAUAAGAAUAUAAUACUUGUUGAGGCUUGUCAUUUAAAUACUUAAGAGUAACUGGAAGCGGACAAAUGUUUUGUUUAGAACUCAAGAAACGCGGCAGACGGUUUGUAGUUCAGUCAGUGGUGUCUUGGUGCCCAUCGCAAGCGCUGUGCCUUCCAAUCAUGUACACUGAAAGCAAUUUUGUUUCCUUAGAUGAGGAACUGCGCUUGGAUGAAGUAAUGUCGGUACGCCCGGGCAUAAUUUUGUUGGUGCAAGUUUUUUGUGCAUCAGAGGAGCCAUCAGCGACUGUCAAACCUUAGUGGGCUGUUCAAGAUGGCCAGCAACUCCCCAUUCUGACUUUAUUUCAAGUUAUGUUACUUUACCCUAAUUUCAAUCUUCUGGUAGAUCUUGUGGGAAAAAUGAGAUCUUUAGCACAGUUUACUAUUCUUUAAGAAUAUUAAUUUCUUCCCAUUUUUGAUAGUAUGCAGUAGGUGAUGUACUAAUGCCCGACGAAGGUACUGCCUCUGAGGUGGCGUUGCGGCCUUGGGAGAAAGUAUUCGUGGAAGUUCUCUCUUGGGAGAAGGUAUUCGUUGAAAUACUCUCUUGGGAGAAAGUAUUCCUUGAAAUACUAUCUUGGGAGAAAGUAUUCGUUGGAAUACUCUCUUGGGAGAAAUUAUUCGUAGGGUUAAUGUUCCCGCCUCAGGGGGUACACUAGCCUGGACUUGCUCCACCCCGACGGAUGACAUCUUUCUUGUGGGUCUAAGAAUAUUAUUUUAUCUUUGAUUAUUGGAAUUCAAGAGAUGAUAUACAUAUAUAUAUCCCCAUGUUGUCAUUUUUCAAUGGUUUUGGCUGUAGGUCUAGCUACUCUGGAAAACGAGAUCCAAUAUUGGCUAACCGGUGAUUAGGAAGAUCCCAGUAAGCACCACGCCCCCGAUAAUGUGUCUUGGAAGAUAGGUAUAAUAACAUGCCAUUUUGAGCCCCACAGAAGACAUACAGUUGUUGACAGCCCCACAGGAAAAAAAAUUAAAAGACUUGUUGACCCUUUUGCUUCACCGCAUUUGCCGUGGAAGUUCCCUUAGGAGAAAUAAAAAGAACAAAAAUAUAUAUUAUAAACGAUGAAAAAGUUGGACAUAGCAGACCCUUAGGCAGUGAUCUGUACUGGCAAUACUUUAUUAUGGUCAGUUCGGACUUUUUUGCUUUGUUUGGAGGAGCUGCGGUGAUACUCUAUUAUUGUUAAUACAUCUCGUCGCCAAGAAAGAAAGAUGCACAGUGGUCUUGAUCAAAGAUAAUAUAUCAAAUAUAGUAUGAAUAAUUUUAGGAAAAAUUGUAGGAUCUUUAGAAUUGUUAGGACGGUAUUUUAAGAUAUAAUUUCCAUAUUUGUAUGUCGAAGUAACUUGCACAGUCUAGGUCAUUUUUCUCACACUAUGGUCGUAGCAGACCUUGCACUGCCUGUAGCGGUCUCUAUCUGUUCUCUUCCGCUGGUGUGUUGGACUGCCCUGGAGACGGCACUGUGCUAACAUGCUCUGGGAAUGGACCUGCGCUCGGCACAGACUCCCUCUCGUGCAGGUAAGCGCCUGCAAGAACUCGCAUGUGAGUUCUGUCAGGAAAGCCAGCUGAUUCAUCCUGUCUCCGAGUGCCCUAAGCACCACGUAGGCAUCGACAUCCGCCAUGUCAAGAAGGUAGAACAGUGCCUUCUAGUACCAUCCAAUAGACCUGUACGUCCACAAGUUUAGUGAUGACGAAGUGGGAGAAGAUGGCUAAUGGUGUGGAUUCACUGUGCAGGUCGGGAACUUUAUCUCCAGGACAGCCAGAGAACCCAGAGCGCCUUGGCAUGUUCUCCCACUUGCUCCACUUGAACUCAAAAGCGUUCUGUUCCCACGCUCGAGCUCCAGUAGUAGACAGCGGCUUAUCCGAGUCUAGACCCGUGUUGUGCUGGGACACGUAAUCCAGCUCGGUCAUUGCCGCUGCCGUUGUACGGAUGACCUCGACCCCUCGUCUGAACUCUCGUCGUUUUGCGACGUUGCCGAGGGUGCGGCCGAGGUGGAAGGCCGCAGGUCGUCUGGCAGAGUAGGAGCUUCGGCAGUAGUAUCGGAAAGGAAUCUAGAGCUCAAGCAGUUAGGCGACAUCUCCAGGGAAGCACAGAAGAGAAUAAUUUACUAACAACAGCAACAUCAGUGAUAUAAUAGAUUUAUGUCAACUCAGUUUAUAGAAAAUUGUGACCAGGCAAAUCACGCCAAAUUCCUUUCCCCGCCAAAACCAGUAAUAACUAAAGGACACUUGGACUGUACAUGGCAUUGCAGCACCCUCUCUGAUUGCAUUUUUUAGCUGAACCAUGUCUGUAAUGACAAUGAUAAGUAUAAGUAUCAUUAUAAUUAUCAUGAUUAUCCGCUAAUGAUGAAAAUACACUUCGAGUAAAGAAAGUACAAUCUGCACGCCACUCCUCGUAUGGCCCGGACGCCUUGCCACCGCCGGCAAGGCCGCCGCACGACCUACAUGCCAACGGAGACACGACCGCUGACACCAUGGCAUGUUCGUCUUGCCACCCGGAGUUAUUGAGGUUAAUCGCGAUCGCCCAUCGAGAACCACGUCUGCUACUGCCAUCUAGAAAGACACCGAGACCGGACGGUGGCCUCGGUGGGCGUGUGGUGUGGGCGGCAGCAAGAGACACGGGAAGGGCGCGCCCGGAAGGAGGUGGCCACGACUUCAGGCCUCGUUUCGUCGUCUUCGUCGUCACUGGUGCUCAUGAGCUGCUCUUUGUAAGGAGGCAGAAACUGGCUCUUCUCGAGACAAAUUACGGCUUUGUUUUGGACUAGUUAGAAUGAAUGCGCUGUAUUGCUCUCUCCUUAGAAGAAAAAAAUAUAUAUAAAUAAAAUACAUGAAUCAAGAUGUUGCGCGACCGGUCUGCAUGCGCGUUGGAGGGUUGUGGGUGUUGUCCACAUGAGCGUUCCACGUGUGUUCGUCUGGAGGGUCGGGCGGUCACGUUCCGGCCGCGGGGGGCAAGAAGCCCUGGCCUUGGGGGGGGAGGUUCGGUUGCCGACGCGCACGCAGACCGGCCGGGACGCCAACACCUAUAUGCGUCACGCGUUUUUGGUGCCGUAGUUUGGCUGCCGCAAAAGCUUCGUUCUCCAAUGAGGUCGUUCUCGAUACCAAGUCUUUUUUUUCGUCUCAUUUCUAAAUGAAGCGUUUAUUGUUGAUUUUAGCCCGUUCGACUGUGUUCUGCCCCCCCCCCCCCUCAAAAAAAAGUCCGUGUACGUGGUCUAGGCUCUGUCGUCUCCCUUGGUUAGUGUUUGUGCUUAUGCAUGAGGAAUGGAGUAAACCUUCUCUCUUCAUUGGACAGUUAUGCAUAGUUUUGAAUAUACAUUACUUAAAGACGAUCUUUAGGGUGGACAGUUCAUUUGACAUCUUUGUAAGCAACGUUCAGGGGCUGGUGUGCGGCCCCCGGCGAGAGAAAUGUUGUAUAGUUGUUGUUGGAGUGAUAAUCACCUUGGAAUUUUAUUUGAAACAAUGUAUAAUUUUUGUAGACUAUCUAGUGGUCACAACCUUUUCUGUGAUUGUACAUGCAACUCUGGGUCAACAGCAGUUUUAUGACCGUAUGAUGUGGUCUUAAACAGUCAUUGCAUUUGCAAGUAAUUUGCAGAUGCAAGUUUCUUACCACCACAGAUAAUAAAUAGUACAUCACAAUAAACCAACAUGUGACCAUAGAUCCAAAAUGAGACUACCACAAUCUCACCAGAAUGCAAGAGAUUUCCACAUGGUAAAGUGACCAUUACGUACUACUAGAAUAAAGGCUAUUAUUGUGCUACAACACGCUCACACUGCCAGGGCGGGCCUUGGGGACAUGGGCGGUUCCUGGACUCCCCUCUCCCCCAUCCCCCCCAAGUCCCACCACCCUUUGACACGGGUCACAUCCUGCGUGUCCACUUGAUAUGGAAGUAAAGAGGUCAGACAUCACA